AUGUCUUCGUCGCUCUUCUUUGCGUACCCGCAGAUUGCCGUGAUCCCCAACUCGGGCAUUCUGGGCCUGACGGCGUACGCCUUUGCCACCGUUGUGCCGCUCUGGGCGUUCGCCCUGCUCGGUCCGUUCAUGCGCCGCGUCUGCCCCGAGGGCUUCACCAUGGCGCAGUAUGUGCGCGUGCGCUUCGGCUGGCCCGUCGGUGUCCUCCUCGCCGUGAUCUUCUGCGGCUUCAUGCUGUGCUUCAUGAUCGUCGAGCUCAACACGUACGGCUCUGUGGUGAACCUGCUCGGCGGCGUCAACUCGACGGUCGCCGCGCUCGUCGUGGCGAUCAUCACGACGAUCUACACCGCCUACGGCGGCUUCAAGGCGUCGCUGUGGACGGACAACGUGCAGGCCAUCGUGAUCAUGAUCUUCAUCAUCAUCGGCGGCGCCGCGAUCGGCACGCGCAUCGAGAUCAGCCAGGAGCGCAUCGACUCGAGCGGCCUGCUGACGGCGAACCGCUUUGGCGGCCAGCUGUUCUUCAUCCUGCCUGCGGCGCUCAUCUUCAGCCAGAUGUUCAACCAGGGCUUCUGGCAGCGCACCUUUGCGUCGAAGAACAACAAGACGCUCUACCUCUCCGUCGGCCUGGCCACACUGCCGCUCUUUGCCAUCUGCUUCCUCGUCGGCAUGACGGGCCCGCUUGCGCAGUGGGCCGGCCUCUUCGACGGCGUCACCGCCGAGGACGACGGCUCGAGCAACUUCUUCUACAUCAUCGCCACGCUGCCCAACUGGGUGCAGGGCCUCGUGCUCGUGCUUGCCGGCGCACUCACGAGCUCGGCGUACGACACGCUGCAGAGUGCCCAGAUCAGCACCAUCCAGAACGACGUCUUCAUGGGCCGCGUGAACCUGUGGUGGUGCCGUCUGAUCCUCCUGGCAAUCAACGUGCCCGCCGUCGUGCUUGCCGUGCGCAACGUCGACAUUCUGCAGGUGUUCCUGAUCGCCGAUCUUGGCGCCGCUGCCGUCCUGCCCGGCACGCUUCUCGGCCUCAUCCCUUCGCUUCACUUCCUCAACGGCCUGGACGUCUUCGUCGGUGGCUGCGGCGGCUUCUUCACCGUCUUCGCUGCGGGCAGCGUCUACUACCGCGAUGCCGUGCAGGGCGGCAAGCUCAUUGCGCUGCCGCUCGGCCUCUACGUGGGCGGCGACGACUACUCGGUGCUGCUGGCCUUCUUUGCUGCGCCGCUCGGCUCGCUGGGCUUCACCCUCGCCUCGGCGGGCGUGCGCAUUGGCUUCAUGUGGCUGCUCGCCAAGCGCCGCGGCGAGCCCUUUGUCCUGGAGCGCCGCACCUGGAACGCUGCCGAGUUCGCGCUGCCCGAGGACCGCCCGGCCGUGGACUCGCGCGACGACAGCGUCAAGGAUGCCUAG